CAUGUGCAUAAAUUAGCAUUGCAAGUAAAGUUGGCAUGAAGUGUUUUACAACCUUGCUGUCAUGUCGUUGCUCAUCUCAAAGUUUGUAUUUCAGUAGCGAUAUCUGUAAAAAGGAAGGAUUGUGGCGUGGAGCGUGAUUGGACCUAGCACCUGUGGUUUUUUGGAUGCACCCCCAGUCCAGUAGUGAAUCGAGAAAAUAUGGCAAUGUUUCUCCGUUCCAUUCAUGUUCAGCAUGGAUGAUGACCAGUCCUACCCUUCCCAAAGCUAUCCCGUGUUAGCUGGACGCUAUCCGGCGAAGCGCAAAAUAGCCGAUGAGUCCUACUCGCCUCACCUGGGAGGCCAUGGCCAGCGUAAACGCCUGACAGCAGCAGAGUCACCACCAACCGGAGAUAAUGCACAGCCGUCAACACCGGCGCUGGGCAAUAGCUCACGUGCAGGUGCGGACAGUCUCGGCAGUACCUGCGAGCAGAACGAUGAGAAGCCCAGGAUGGCAACAACGCCCCGGCCAUCGUCUCACUCGACAAGCUCUCCUAGCACGAGUAGUGCGUCUUCCUCACCCUUCAUAUCAUCUUCGUCAACUGCUUGGAAAGCCGGCGACCACUGCAUGGCACUGUUUGAUGAGGACGGCGACUACUACGAGGCGGUGAUCUCACGUGUGCGACUGCGCAAGCGCCAGCAGACCGCAGAAGUCGUCUUUGUCGGAUAUGAAGACGAUGGUCAUGUGGUGGUCAGCCUUGACAGCAUUCGACCCGUGGAGGAGUCUGUGACAACACCUAAGCGUUCACCGUCACCCGGUCCACGGUUGCAAGCUGCCAAUCGUAUGUUUGGCCAUGGCAGUGUUGACACCGAACAGGACAAUUACAUGAAACAGCGAUAUGGUGAUUACGAGAUUUCAGCCCACGAGGAUCCAUAUCCACCUGCAGAGGAUCAGUGUGAAGUUGGGAAGUCACCUAGUGCUGGUCACAAGUCGCCCGCUACUGGGUCCACUACCAGUGGAACUAAGAAAGCUAGCAAACGUGCAGUUGUGGAAGUUGCUAUGGUUGAAACAGCUACCACGCCGAAACGAUCAACGGCAAAGCCAUCAGCGACACUGAGGUCUUCAGUAACAUCGCCUGCUGAAAUACCCAGGCGUCCUGCAGAUUCUCCAAGCGUGGCCAACCCCAUUGGCAGCUGGGAGCCGGAUGGAUUUACUGAAGACGACUUGGAGAAGCCCAGAUUUCAGACGUCAGCUGGCUGUAACAAGACUGCCUACAUGCUCACUGGAACUGGCGUCACGCCCGCUGUCUCGAUUCCUGCUCCGCUGAACCAGUACCUGCGUGACUACCAGCGAGAGGGAGCCAAGUUUCUCUUCAAGCACUUUGAACAGAAGCAAGGUUGUGUGCUGGGCGAUGACAUGGGUUUGGGCAAAACUGUGCAGGUGAUAGCGUUCAUUGCUGCCGUCCUUGGCAAAACGAAUACCCGGUUCGACGUUCAGCCGAAGUUCCAGUGCUUUGGCAAUGCUCGCCGUCCUGAGACUGCACCCGCCGCGUACAGUGGUGUGUUUCUAGUUGUGACGCCCGCAUCAGUGCUCUACAACUGGGAAGAGGAGAUCAAGACAUGGACACAUCUGAAGUCAAGGGUGUUGCACGGAUCACAGCGCACGGAAGCCAUGGAGUUGGCGCGUACCGGCAGCGUCGAUAUCAUACUCACCACCUACGACACCGCCAAGCUGAACUUGGAGUUUGUCAACAGCAUUGACUGGCUGGCUGGGGUGUUCGACGAGGCACACCGCAUGAAGGAUCCCAAGUCGCAGACGACACAGGUUAUGAAGGCAUUGCGCUUACGCCGUCGGAUUGGCCUCACUGGCACUGCUAUGCAGAACUCACUGACAGAGCUUUGGUGCCUACUUGAUUGGUGCAAUCCUGGUUGUCUUGGUAACAAGGAGACUUUCGAAGAGGAUAUAGCACUGCCGAUGAUGACCGGACAGCGAAUUGACAGUACAAAGCGUGAACUGGCCACAAGUAGACAAAAGCAAAAACAGCUUCAGGCUCAGCUCUCGAAGUGGUUUCUCCGACGCACAAAGGCGCUGAUAGCUGAUCAGCUUCCAAAGAAAGAGGAGUAUGUAGUGUUCUGUCCGUGGACUGAGCUGCAGUACAGCAUUUGCCAGGCACUGCUGGAGUGUGAUGACUUUCAGAUUGUGCUCAAGGCGCACGACCCAUGUCCGUGCAGCAGUGGACGCAAACGCUCCUCGUGCUGCUAUAGCGAGAACAGCCAAGGCUUGAACUGGAAGAAGCUAAUCCUGCCCUAUCUGAGUCUGAUGAUGAAGGCCGCGUGUCACCUGGGCCUGUUGCUUCCGGAUGCCAGUGACUCAGCCAACCAGAAGCACAAGGCCAAGGCAAUUUGUACACAGGUGUUUGCCAAGCACCGCAAGUUCCUGGCGAUGAGUCGGGAGGCGGCGUUCCUGACCUUGUCGGACCCUGAAUAUUGUGGCAAGAUGCAGGUGCUGGAGAAGUUGUUGCGCCGUGUCAAGUCCGAAGGAAGCCGUGUACUGCUGUUCUCCUUCCGUACCAAGAUUCUCAAUCUGCUGCAGACAUUCCUGCAGCAACACGGCUACACGUUCUGUCGCCUUGACGGCUCCGUACCAACCCGUCAGAGAACCGUAUUGGUGCGGUCGUUCAACAAGGACCCAAGCAUCUUCGUCUUCCUGGCCUCUAAGAGUGUUGGCGGUGUCGGUCUCAACAUCACCGGUGCCAACGUGGUGAUUAUUUUUGACCCGGACUGGAAUCCCGCCACGGACAGCCAAGCGCAAGACAGAGCUUUUCGUUUGGGCCAGCACCGGGAUGUUCACGUGUACCGACUGAUCACGCAGGGGUCCGUCGAGGAGAACGCUUAUCUGCGCCAGGUCUACAAACAGCAAAUGGUGAACAUCGCCGUAUCUGGUGAUCUGGAACGUCGCCAUUUCACGGCGGUGAUGGGCUUGAAGCGUCGGGACUCACGGGGCCGUGUUAAGGGGGAGCUGUUCAGCUUCGAGAACAUGUUUGUUAUCCGCCAAGAGAGCAACUGCCUCACCGAGGAUAUCCUGAAGCGCACAGCUCGUGUGGAGAAUGGCAUACUGAUGGCUAGUGACCAGGUAUCACCACACAUUGCGGCUGACAACAAAGAAGACACCGUAAAGGAAGCUGAAACGGAGACCGACUUAUUGGAGGAGCUGUCCCAGGCCAUUCAGGACGAGGAAGAGAAAACAACCAGCAUGCCAAGCCGAGUGUCCCCGCGCCGAAAAGCAGCCAUCGCAAGCAAACCACCGGGUACCGCUGGCGAGCGCUUGAAACCUCGCUCUGCCAUUGUGCGCUCCGACCUUAUCGUUGAUGACGAUGAUGCAGUUGACGGCGCUGCUGAAGUCAAGAAUAAGGCGGAAAUCAACACUGCGGCAUCGACACGCAAGUCUAGAAACUCUGCACCACGUCGCACGGCCACAGCCCGCGUACCUGACACACUCAGUUCACCUGACUCCGACCAAGACCAUUCCGCUGAAAUAUCCGCUCACCCACCACCUCCAGCACCGGCACGGGCCGUGAACGGCAGUCGUAAGCCAGCCGCAGUUGAACUUGAAAAGCCAUCUGCGAGGAAGCGCAAGCGCGGAUCUCAGUCCCAGGAGGCUGCCAAUGCUGCGGUUUCAAGUGCUGUUGGUGCAAAGGCUCUAUCUGCUGGAAAUUUGCUGCUUGGUACGAGUCGCGCUGAGCGCCGCAUGUCCAGGCAUGCUAUGCGUGACGUCUUCGACAAGAACCAACUGUCCCAGCAGCCGGCCAACUGUAUCGUGGACGAGUCGAGUGAUGAGAGCGAUGAUCUAGGCGAGAGAGCCAGGCAGCAGCAGCAACACCGCAAGCUGACUUCCGUGCAUCACAGUCGCCGUUCCCAGCUGCCAGCCCAUGCUCCUGCUUCCAGCCACUCAGAGGAUGAACAGACCUCUGCGAAGCAAGUUGAGCAUCAGUCUAGUAGUGCGGAAGCGAAGGCUGUUGAUUGUGUUAUGCAAGAGCAAGCCAAAAGAGUUCGAAAGUCAGACGGCUCUCACAUUCUGGUGGGCCAAACCCCACCAGCUGUGCGCCGUCAGCAUUUCGAACGUCUCGCCACACUUCUGGGCUUCGGUAGCUGCAUUGAGUUUGCCAAGAAGGCCGUUGAAUGUGAUGCAGACCAGAGGUGUCGCUGGCUGGAGCUGCUGUAUGGCGUUGAAAAGGAAGAGAACGCCGCUCCAUCGCCGAGUGAGCGGUUAACAGCUGAUGUGUCUAGUUGCAAGCCUGAGUUGCAGCUCGGUCAACAAUGCCCUGUAGCGGAAGGCAUGGAUAUGAAAGAGACAUCUUUAUUCGGUGACGCACAGCUGAAAUCAGAUGCCCAGCCUGAUGCCAAACACCGCAAAAAGCCAGCCCAGCACACUCCACCACUGUCGGAAGCCGAUGUUCUGGCAGAAGAUUCUGCUGAUAGUCAAACUGACACCCGGUCACGUCUGGUCUCUCCCCUGCGUCGUCAACUGCGCUUCCGAGCACCACCCGGGCAUGCUCAAAGUGUCAAAACGGUCAUUCCCGAAUCUGAGUCGCUUGGUGUCCGCGACGGUAGCCCACCGCCACCACCAUCGCAAUAUACACAAGCCAGGACAGCAUCAUCUAGUUCUGGGGAGAAGCGUCCUGAUGCCGAGGAGUUGUUUGCUUCAUUUCUCAGCGCUCCGGUUUCCUCAGCCGAGAAGCGGAGUGAACCUUCUGGUUCACCACCUGCCAUGAAGGCUGCUGCUGAUCAGGGCCAUGCUACUCAGCAGCCUGGAGAUGCGGAUCAUGAUUUGGAGCUGGCUGAUAUGUUGUUUGGGUAACGACGCUGUCAUCUUGGCCGAUGCGGUGUGUUCCGUGAGUUUCGUAGGGCUUUAAAAUAUUGUGCAGUCGAUGGACUUUCUUAGAUUGUGGAUGCAGUGGCUGUGUGCGUCCUGUGUUGGAUCUUGUUUGGUGCGUGUUGUAUGUCGUCACCCUGCCCCUGAGCGGGAGGGGAGGGGGGGGGGGGGAGGGGGAGUUGAAGCCCUGGUACACCUGUGCAUUGCACCCGCAGUCAUAACAUUGCCAGACCUAUCUAGGCAGUAUGUGGUACAUUAGUCUCUUGGAUUGUCUUGUGUGGGCAUCAUCUCGGCUGGCCAUUGUUGAGAUUGGUGCUUCAAAUUCUAAUUGUUCAACUUCUCUCUAUGUCACUUAUGUGUCCUGCUUUCUCAUUGUCUGGCCACAGUUGUAAGAAUGUACAUGUAACGUUAGGUGAUAAGAAGAUACAUGAUGUACUAGUCUCUAGGAACCCUGCAGGCAGGGGCACUUCACUUGAUUAUGUAUUUUGAGAGAUCCAAUUGCCAGUUUCUACUCCCUUUUCUAAAGACAGUUAAAACUUAGUAUUUUAUCAAUAGGAUCUGAAGCAACACUGUGACUUGGCUCCAUUCUUCAUGCCAAUAAUUGUGGAUGAUGAUAAUGAUAAUGAUGACGAAGCACGUUGUCUAUAAUUA